ACGGACAAAUGGAAAUUCUUGUAAAUGGAGACUUAAAGGGGAGAGGUUUAGGGCUUAGAAAGAUCAGAGACUUGGAAGCAAUAUGGAUUCCAAGAAAAUCCUUUCAAUUUUUUUCUUCUUCUUUUUCACUCUCCUGACGCUCUCUCGUCAAUCCCGUGUUCCAUCUCCGGUUUCUGGAUCUCCGCUGUCUUCUCCGUCGCCGUCUCCGUCGCAGUCACCAUCGCCGUCUCCGUCGCCGUCACCGGCGCCUGGGCCAAGUGAUGCCGGGUGUUGGCUGUUUUCAGAGAGUUGCCGUAACCGUAGUUUAGCGGCGUGCAUUGAUCCUUCGUCAUCCGCUUCAAAGGAAUUAUUACUACUUGUCAGGAAUGAUGGUGAGAAACCCCUAGAAGUGAAAGUCACUGUCUCACAUGCUAAGCUUCUCAUCAAGGACAUCCUAAUAGCAGCACACAAAAUAAAUAAGGUUAAUGUUUCAGCAAAUCUUGGAGGAAAUUCAUCCAUUCUAUUAGAGGCUGGAGAGUUGGAGUGUGUAAUUCGCAUAAGAUCACCGGCAUCAAGCGGUGGCAUCUUCGAUUAUAUCCCUUUUGCCACACACGUAACCCCUAUCAACGGAGUUUACUUAGUGCUUCUAACAGGUCUGAUCUUUGGUAGUACCUGGGCCUGCUACAACCGGGGGAACAGGGGACAGCAGGGCGAUGGAAUCCCAUAUCAGGAGCUUGAAAUGGGGCAGCAACCUGAUUCACCUUCAGCUAACAAUGUGGGAACAGAUGGAGGUUGGGAACAAGAUUGGGAUGGUGACUGGGAUGAGUUAAAGUCAGACACAGCAACAGGACAUCAAAUGGCAAAUGGAUCAGGGCUGGGAACGAAGGAACAGUUUGUAAUGGGAUCCGGCCCAUACGAGGAGCUUGUAAUGGGGCAAGCCUGACUCAGCUUAGGCUAAUCAAACAAUCCUGAAACACUGGAAACAGCAGAAAAGUUGAGAAGAGAUCGGCUGAUUGGUUUGAGAUCAGGCCCAUAUGGGCAAAGUCACCUCAUGAAACACCAAACUCGGGGAAAAAUGGGUCACCGACUGGGUUUGCUUCUGGUUAAUAAUAGGUCUACCAAGAGUGAUGGAUGAGAAAAUGAUUGGGAUGACUAGAGAAAAGACUGAGAACUUGUUAUAUUAGCAAUAAAUGGAGACAUCUUUGUUAUAUUUAUAUGUCAAAAAGUGCAGGGAUAAUGGACUUAUCACGAAAAUGAUAACCAUGAGAAGGACAACACCUACUUUGAUAUCUUAAGAAUUAGAUAUAAGAGAGUGUUCCUUGUGUCACACUUGUGUGUUUAUUUCAGGAGGCU